AACUUCCUGUUGCGUCCCGACAGCAGAUACUGAUCCUGAUGAUCCUGAUCCGAACUAAAACUAUUCACAUCAACUGAACUAAACAAUCGCCCGAUGUGUCAUCUGUAACGAGGCAUUUAAACCCCACCGGACUAAAAGUUUUUCUCCGAAGGUUUCUUUUUGGAAAAUGCCGAUCGGAUCUGUCGUCGCGGUGUUUUAGACGGUAAAUAAACCGUGUUUGUGUCGGUAUGGCGGAGGCGCGAGCUGAGGAGGACGACGAGAGAUUUCGCGAGGCAGGCGCGAGACGGAGAGUCUCAGAACAUUCAGACAGGAAUAAACCGGAUCAGCGUCUCUCAAGUGCCGGGCCGCUGUCCUCCAUCCGAGCUGCAAUUAAAAGAACGUCAACAAGACCGAGUUCUCAGAGCGACCAUCACCGAGACAGGAGGCGGCCAGAAAUCACCAUCCUUUCUGUUGAACCCCUGGCACCCAAUUCCUGGUUCCCAGGGGCUUCCGGAGCGUUUCCUCCAGCCCCGCCCCCUGCUCCGCCCUCCUGGUCUGCUGGCUCUGGUACCGUGCUGCUGCCUCCACCCUCGUAUGAUCAGGUGAUUAAAGAGAAGACUCAUGAACAAAAUCUUCACUCCACCUCUACAUCCUCAUCAUCAUCCUCACCUCUGUCUUCUCAGCGCUCUACCUCCACCAUCUCCACACAGACAGACACAAACUCCCCCGACCCCCAUUCCCUUGCUGCACGCACAGUUCGCAAAACCUCAAGACCCCCUCGACCGUAUCCUCCUCCUAAACUCACAUCUCCUCCUGUGGACCCUUUCAUCGAUUUGAAUCGGUCUGACCAGCCUGCCGAUGCCAAGCAUCAAACACGAGACACUCUGUGCAAACCUGAGCAGCGUGACGUUCAUACCGACUCUAAUGACAUAAACGAUGAUGUCACACUUUUAGACCCCGCCCCCACUACCAUGGCUUUCACUCAGACCACCCUUGAUUUCGUACCUGAGCCAGUAAAGGAGGAACCAAGAGCACGCCCGAGACCACGUCCCCGCUCCAAAAUUGCCUUACAGCCACUCAUCACUGAGGAGAUCCAGGAUCAGCCGAUGACCAGAGAGGUAAAAGUUCAAACUCUUGUGCGUCUGAGGGAUGAAGGGUCGGAGAGUGUGUUUGCUGGGUUUGGUGACGAGUCCUCAACCUUCUCCAGUAAAUACUUGCAGGAUUUGCUGGAGGUGUUUGGUUCGGAAGAAUCAAAUUUUAAUGAUCGGUUACAAAGUGAGGAAGAGGACACUACCACUGGGGAUGUUUUCUUUUCCCCUGUACCAUCUGAACCCGUCGAACCGUUAAAUAGACCACAACCUCGUCCCAGAACUCAAAAACCCAAACCACAGCUUCCUCCCAAACCGCCUACCCUAGAAAGUGAUGUGUUUGAGACUGGAAACCCUACUACUAAACAAAAUCUCUCCAAACAAACCUCAAGUCCUCCAGUACCAGCACCCAGACCUCUCCUGAACAAACACAAGAGCCGAUCAGACCGCUCUGAGAGCGUUUCUCCUGGACAUCAGAUUAAAAUCAGUUCAUCUGAGGAGAAAGAUUCAGAGGAGAAGGUCAUAAACAAUCAUCCAACAUCUGGGACACCGAAUGACAAGAACAUCCGUCCAUCUGUCCCAAGACACACUCGACCACCUCCACCUUUAAACAGGAAUGUGUCAUCCACCUCACAGGUUAACGUUGUGUCCGGUGUUACUAAAGUGACGGGUGCUUCAGUUCCCUCUCUGCCCCCAAGACCAAGUGGUGGUAGACUCCUCCCUCUUCGUCCUCCUCCGAAAAAAUCAACUAAGCCUGCAGGCCCCUCCUCUUCCUCAACCAAUCAGCAACCUGGCGGUAGGGUGCCAAAAAGAGGACCACCCCUCCCACCCAGACCAAAAAUUGGGCAUCCGCUUUAUAAGAUUUAUUCGAGAAAAGUUCAUCAAGGAAGUGUAGACACGGAGAACGCUGAAAAACUGCAUGAGGAACCACAUUUACCCAAAGAAGAAGAGCUCAUUGUCCUGGAUGAUGAUACGAGUGACCUGCAAACACAACCUGAUCUUCUCCACGACUUCUGCUCCACACCAGAGGUUAAAGAUGAAGAUGUGAAGGUCUGUAGUGAUCUGUGGGAAGACUCAUCUACAGAUGUGCAGACACAGAGCAGGUGUGUGGCUCGAUUUGCAUUUGUGGGAGAGGAGGGCGAGCUCACCUUUAGUGAGGGUGAUGUCAUCAGUCUAAUAGAAUAUGUUAAUGAGGAGUGGGGGCGUGGCUGCCUAAAAGGACAAAUAGGAAACUUCCCUCUAAGCUUCGUCAAAGUGGAAACUGAAGCGUUGCCAGGGAAACCAGCUUCAGAAACUCAUGCUGGAGAGAUGAACAGAGGCAGAACUCUUUAUGAUUUCUCUCCUGAGAGUGAGGAUGAACUUUGUCUUAAGGCAGGAGAUGUGGUGUGUAACCUAGAGGACAUGGAUGCCGAGUGGUUCCUUGGAGAAUUCGGUGGGAAACGUGGUAUCGUCCCUAAAAAUUACAUCCAAGUUCUGCCAGAGCCCUGAAGAUGACAUGGGGACACAUCUCUUCAUUUUGCCUUUUUAGAUUCAGCACAGUUAAAUGUGUUUGUGUCAAGGACCGGUGUGGGUUUGAACGCUGGUUUACUGCGCCAUUGAUGCACACAGAACCCACUGUGGACCGUGAGAUGUUUGCUAUUUGACUGAAGCAUCUUCUCAUACUGUAGCUAUACUGUACUGACUUUGCGUUAAACAGUUACUGACAUUUGUACAUUGCCAUAUGAAUUUGUUUUAAGCGAUUUAAUCCAAAUAAAAAUGAGAUGAUA